AUGGUUUUACUUAACAGAAAAGAAGUUCAACUUGAUGGAAGAGAGCUGGCCACAGAUACCACUGAUAGAAACACAUGGGAAAUAAAAGAAACCGGUGAACGUAUAAGUGGUUAUGACAAUUAUUUGAAAAGAUUGGAGUUUUAUGGAAAAGAAAUAUUUACUUGUGAAGUUACUGGUAGAAACUUUAUUUCGUAUUUUAGGGCAUUAAUAAGCGAGGAAGAGCACCGAAGAAAUAUCGAAUCCCUUUUACCAAAAGAGUUAAGAGAGGCCAUAGCAAAUUUUGCCAAUUUUAACUCAACAAGGAAGGUUUCAGCUCUUGUAGAUAAAACAUAUCGGCGAUUCAGCAACCGGUUCUUCAAUGGUGAAAUAGUAUGCUUGAAAAAUUCCCAAGAAAAAAAUUUGCUUCUGCCUAAUCCAGAAGAAGAAGUCCAAUCAGGAUUCCAGGGUACCCACAUUGACAACACUUUGUUUGUUAUCAGAGAUGUGUUUCCAUCAAAAGAGAUCAUAGAUAGUGAAACUGGGGAAAAUUUAGCUCCAAUCUCGUCAUUACAUAUUAUCACGGAAUACCCAAAUCAGCAACCUAAGGGGAGGGCUUUCAUUGCAGGCCACGAUCAGAUUAAAAGACCAAUCUCGCGCUUUUCAAAGUUUUUGGUGGCCUGUUUUCUCAAUGAAAUACUGGUAAAAGUAUCCAAUAAAAAAUACGCUCCAUGGAGGGUGAGGCAGAAGUAUGUAAAAACAUAUAAUGUGAACCCGGCAUGCCCUCCAGAAAUGGUGAAUUAUUUACCAGACGAGGUGGAAACAGCUACCUGCAAAGUAUAUACACCGUUAACCAUACCGCUAGAGGAAGAUGUUGAUCCAGAAAGGUCACCAUCUAAAAUGCGAAAAAUUAGUUGCGAGAUUUCAACCAAAUUUCAUGAUAUAUAUGGCACUGCGACCUCCACUGAUCACAAUUCUUUGCAGUCGAUUUUCGAUGACAGAUAUUUGCCGUUUACAGGACCACCGACCCCAUUCAAGAGUAUUCGGUAUUUAGAUAGUUCGCUAGAAUACAAAACUGCCGACACGCAAUGGUAUAGAGAGUGUGCUCAAUUUUCAAUAGAAAGAUUACUCAUUGUAUACCGUUUUUUAAAUUCUUUCGGGCCCUUUAUUGGUAUUACACAUUUUAACUUUGAUGAACUUCUAACAAGCAUCAAAUGCAAUAAUCCGGAAAUUCUUGUAGAUGAAUUUGUGAAAAUUUCCUUUGCUGAUGUUGACAGCGAAGGAAAUUCUAGAAGGGGUAAGAAACCGCGAAGAGACAAGUAUGGUCGAGACACUAAAGGCAAUAUAUGUCAACGGGAAACGGCUAACAUUCGUAAUCCAAAUGGGAGUUACACCCUACUUAGCAACUUUACAAGGAACCAAGAGGUGAGAAAAUUUAUCACAGAUAAAAACACCAACUUUUUUAAGUGCUCGAUAUUUAAAGGUGAGCCUGUUAAAAAUGACGUUAUUGAUGUAUCCCCUUAUAAUAAAGCAGCUAAUCUCUAUAUUGAAAUAGUCUGUUCUUUACUAUGCCUGAUAAUGGAUAAAAGAGGUGAUUGGACUUGCAAUGUGAUGGAGGAAUGGAUUGAAGAAAAGGAGGGAAGGGAAGAAAAAGACGAAACGAUUGUUGACCGAAUUGUAGAAAAAUGUCUUAAUCAUGAAAAAACUAACUGGGCUGAACUUCUAUCUGAUAGGAAAUUUGAAGGCGGUAAUUGGUUAAUCUGUUUGCUGGGGGUACUUCAAGACACAAUGCAUGUUGCAAUCUAUACUGAUAUCACCAAACGGUUUACAGAAAAGGUGGUACCGUCAGCCAUUAAUUUCGACAAUUUGGGGAGGGAAUUAUGGCAAAACUUUUGCAAGAAUUUAUCUACAAGAGACAAAAUUGAUAUAUUAUGGGUUCUUGUGGAUCUAGUUUCUAAUUUUUCGAGCUGUGUUAAGCAGUUGGUAGAUGAGAUCCCUUUUCUACACCAUGGGAUCCGAUCAGAAUUAGAUAGUGUUAAAAAUGAAUAUCAUAUAUCGAAAGAACAGCUGAAAAGUGUAACUGAGGAGCUCAAUCAGCUUUAUAGUAAUCCAUUGAGGGAGAAAUAUGCAUUAAACGAGUGUGAAAGUAAAGCAAAUGAACAUGGGGAAAAAAUGUCACGCUUAUCAAAAGAUAUUUCAUAUCUAGAGGCAAAACUAAUUGAAAGCGAUUUCGAAAGAUUAGAGAUGUUAGGCAAAGAUAGAUAUGGAAAUCGGUAUUAUUGGAUGGAUUCGAAUGGUUCACCUUUAUUUACUGGUUGGUCGGGUCAUUGUCAUUAUAACUGCUGUUUCUUGUGGGUUCAAGGGCCCUCUGAAGACGAUGCGAUUUUUUACUUGGAUAUCGACAGAGCCUCUUUGAGGAAAUGGAAAUCAUUAGCAAAAACAAGUGACUGCGCCCAUGCGACAAAGGAAGUUUUUUCAAUAACCAGAUCGUCAAACGGGUCUUAUUUUCACACAGGUGAUGGUGAGGAUGUAAUGAUGAUUGAUUCGAAUGGAACAUUGCUCCUAUCUACCGCUCCAUCCCAUAUACACAGGAAAAUAAUAGCAGAAACUCCUGAAGGACUGUUACUCUCUCCCCACCAGUGGUUUUUCUUUAACGAAGUGGAAGAUAUACGCUUGUUAGUAGAUAGACUUGACGUGCUGGGAGAGAAUGAACACCGGCUAAAGAAAUCUUUGACAUCUAAAAUGAACCGCAUCGAAGCAUCAUACAAACAACAAUUUGAGGCUAAAAGGAAUAUUGAGUUUGAUCGCGCCUCCAAAAAAUACUAUAGGCUGUGGAGGACUAAUACAUUUACUUGGCCAGAGUUGGAGAGAAUUGAGACAAUGAGUAUAUUAAAAGAUAAACAUCCUUUGAGUAUUGAGAAGCUUGCUAAAAACCUAUUCAGAGUACACAAGGAUGAAAUCACUGAAGCACUCAUGAAAGACGCAUUUUCUCUUGGAGAAUAUGAAAGAGCAUUUUUUGAGAAGCGGCAUGAAUUACUUUAUCCUUUAGAUUUUCAUUUGGAAGAGUUAAGUACAUUUGAUGAUGAAUUUGUUUUCGAAAAGAAAAUAGAAAAACAAGAGGAUAUCCUUACGAAGCUCUUGAAUUACCGAAGGCAUAGGCAUAUUGAUUACACGGCACACUGCAGGACAAAACUUCAAAGGUCGAAAGAGGCUGCAUAUCUUAAUGCUCAGGAUAUAUUAAAAGAUAUAAACCGUCAUCUUCUCUCAAGGCAUGACAGUAUCGCUGUAGAUGACUCGGAAGAUGGUCAUAGGAAAGAAUCUUUUAUUUGA